UAUAAUAAUCUCGAUCAAUGCUGGAUCGACACCCGAUUGACCGUGGGUUGAUAGUUGGUCAAGUGUUGACUGAUUCAUAUGUAUCGAUCAAUAUGUGUGUCUGCGAAAAUUGGUUGACCCUUGACUGCCUGUUGACUGAGAUGUUGAUUGAGUGUUGACCUGCUAUUGAUUGAGAUGCCAAUCUUGAGAGUCUAUCAAGGUUAUCGAUUGAUACUUGACUGCGGAUGCCUUUAGUACACAUGAUCCGCAAUUUUAACGUAAAUGAUGCCACAUAUCCCCAGUUUUACUGUAUCAGUCAAGACCAAAAGAGGACAUCCUCCACCUGUGUGGGACCUGUGAGCCUCAGGGCAGACUCGAAAUUCUCGGAAUUUUUGGUUGAAUGGAAAGCGCCCACUGUCCAGCAAGUAAAAUGGUGUUCUUUAUACCACAUAAUGAAUUCUUUAUUGGCUGAGUUUGUUUUGUCAAGAUAGUGGAUACUGCCCUUGUUCUUUCCUUUGUGUGAUUGCGAACACACAAAAAAUAACUAAGUCCUUGGCCAAUGAAUAUGCAGUCAUUUUGACUUCUUUUGGUCAAUAUAUAUGUAACGCUUAUAAAGUUUGCUAAAUGUGUCGAUACAGUCGAUACAAACAGGGCUUUAAUGUAAAGAUUGAUUAGAGAGUUGAAUGCUUGAGGAAUGUCCUAAAAUUGGCAAAUCCCACUCACCUAAUUAGCAGAACAACCGGAGAUCGACUUGAAGUUGCAGUUGCUUUGACUUCCAACACAGGGGGCCAAAAAAUGGCCUCACAACUAGCAAAAGAUCGCUACGUUAAAAUGUAGGGACAGGCAUUCACCUUAUCGUUGCCUAGAAAAUACACAAAGGGUUGAAAAUUUAUCAAAGAACAAACCUCUGGUAGGCAGCGAGCGAUCGCGUGGAAUCUUGGGACUUGUGCUGAUGUGGUAAGACCCAGGAGGGGAGGGAGGAAAGGAUUACAGCUGUGAAACCCCUAAAAUACCCAACGUGUAAUAAUUGUACCAACAAAAUAUAGUGUCCGGUGAAUCGGCCUUAUAAAGAAAAAACCACAAUAAUAUCUUGUUAGUUCCUACUUUUAUCUUUGCUUUGACUCACAUACCCACACCGCCACGGGGGCCCCGCCUCCUACCCGACCCGUCAGGUUGCAGUCCUUGGAAGCCUUAAUGAUUUCAUCAGGAUGUCUUCUUCACAACUUGACCGGCCUGUUGUGUCUACGGACUGGCUGAAUAAAGAACUCAAAAACACCAAAGGUGGCUUGGCAGUCCUAGACACCACAUGGUUCAGUGAUAAGGAUGCUUGCAGUGGUUUCUCAAAGAAACAUAUCAUCCGUGCUUCAUAUAUGGACAUGUUCUUUGGAGUGGAGAAUACUCCCUUAUAUCCUAGGAAUAUUCCAGAUGUCUCAACAUUUCAAAUGAAUGCCAGAGGCAGUGCAGUGAAUAACAGAGACCAUGUUGUCAUUUAUGAAAACACAGGAAGGUUUGGAUACUUCAUGGGUGCAAGAGCUUGGUGGAUGUUCAAGCUGUUUGGUCAUGAAAAUGUUUCAGUGCUGGAUGGAGGACUGGAGAGGUGGACUGCUGAUGGCUAUGAAACAACAGAUAUGAUGAUCAAAAAACGGGAAGGAGAUUUUACAGCAAAGUUCAACCCAAAAUGGAUCAAAAAGUUUGAUGAAAUGCAAGAGAAUCUUGCAUCACGUAAAGCACAAGUUUGCGACAGCCGUCCUCAUGCUACUUUUAACCAUUCACCAGAUGAUCCAAAGUCUGGCCACUACCCAGGUGCAGUAAACAUUCCAUUUCCAAGCCUGUUUAACCCAGACACCAGGACUCUGAAGACUGUUGACGAGCUCAAGAAAGGUAGGUUGUUCUCAAUACAAGGAGCCCACAGCAGAAAAUUGACGAAACUUAACUACACAGUCUGUGGAACCCCUUCUCAUGGUAACUUACCCCAUUAA